AUGAGCUUGAAAUACGGGGCCAGCGGGAUUGGAUCGACCCUAGCCAUUGUGGGAGCUUAUAUGCUCUUCACUGGCAGCGGCGAAUCCUUCAAUGUCGGCACUUUCCUCGAAUCCGUCUCCCCGUACGCAUGGGCAGACCUGGGUAUCGCGCUCUGUAUCGGCCUCUCGGUGGUUGGCGCGGCAUGGGGCAUUUUCAUCACAGGUUCAUCCAUUCUCGGCGGCGGCGUCAAGGCGCCCCGGAUCCGCACCAAGAAUCUGAUUUCCAUCAUCUUCUGCGAGGUCGUAGCCAUCUACGGCGUCAUCAUGUCCAUCGUCUUCUCCGCCAAGCUGAACCUGGUCCAGGGCGAGGCGGCAUAUUCAGCAGACAGCUACUACACGGGCUACGCGCUCUUCUGGGCGGGCAUCACCGUGGGCAUGUGCAACCUGGUGUGCGGUGUUGCCGUCGGCAUCAACGGCAGUGGCGCUGCGUUGGCGGAUGCCGCCGACCCUACGCUAUUUGUAAAGAUCCUCGUUAUCGAGAUUUUCAGCUCAGUUCUGGGCCUGUUUGGCCUGAUCAUCGGUCUUCUCGUAUCUAGCAAGGCGUCCGACUUUGGAACGGAAUAA